AUGACCACUAAGUGCCGCAUAAAGAAAGAUCAAAACUUGCUAUUUGGGGUCGUUGAGAAAUGGUGUUGUGAGACAAAUACAUUUGUGUUUCCCUUUGGUGAGGCAACAAUCACUUUGGAGGAUGUUAUGGUUUUAGGGGGUUACCCUAUUCUUGGCCAUCCUGUUUUCGCACCACUUGAAGACCAAGAAAUGAAGGAGGUGGAAAAGGAAUUGAUCCUUGCAAGACAACAACUUUAUAAGAGUAAACAAGCUAAGGCUAGAACAACAAUAUGGAUGGAUGUUUUCAUUGAUAAAGGUAAUGAACUUGAACAUGAAGCAUUUGUUGCUACUUGGUUAUCAAUUUUUGUUUUUCCUUAUAAAAGUUAUGUGGUGAAUAGUUCUUUGUUUCCUAUUGCUAUUCAUCUAGCUAGAGGAAAUCCUAUUGCUUUGGCACCAGCUAUUUUGGCUAGCAUAUAUAAGGAUUUAUGUUUGUUUAAGAAAACAUCAGUUGGUUUGUCAAAAUAUCCUGUUGGUGGUGAAGGAUUUCCCAUGGAUGUUACUCUUCGAUCACCCUUUUACUUGGUUCAAAUUUGGGUGUGGGAGAGGUUCAAAAAUUUACAACCACAACCCAUGUUGAUAGAACAUGGAGAGCCUUUAAUGCUUAAGUGGCAUAAGGUUGACGACUGGAAAGUAGACAAUGUUAGGUUGGCAUUAGAUUCGGCUAUGGAUGAUUUUCUUUGGCGUCCAUAUGUUAGAUAUGCUGAUAAGUGUGGACUGUUUUAUCCAAAUGAUGAAAUUUUAGUAUCAUUUAUGAAUCAUUUGGAUAAAAAAAUGCUGUCAUUUGUUACAUGCUUGAGAGUUUCCGAACUUGUUGGAUUUGACUCUAUUGAACAUUAUCUACCGCAUAGAGUUGCUAUGCAAUUUGGAAUGGAUCAAGAUGUUCCAAGUUAUGUGCCUAGGUUUAACGAGACUAAAUCCAUUGCUUGGGAAAACUACUGCAGGCCCAUAUCUGAUAAAAAAUUGUAUUUUCCAUCGAGAUUGUUUGAGGGAGAUGUUACCGCACGUCAUGCAAAGUGGUGGAAGGAAUCAGUAUUGGAUCGCACCAAUUUUGUUAUGAAAAUUGUGGGGACGAAGAGAAAAGUAAGUUCAAAGAAACAUAGACCCUGUGCAGGAAAAUCAAACAAACGUGGAAAUGAUGGUGGUUCCAAAAGUAAAACUAGGAAGGUUGAUGAUUUGCAUGCUGAUGUUCCUAAUGAAAAUUCUGUUCGUAAUUGUUUGAUAUCUGAUGAAAAUAUUGAUGUAAAUGGGAGCAAAGAAGCAAGGGUGAAGUUAUCUGAGACUCAAGGUGAAAACAGAAGGUAUGCUUUAAGAAGCAAAGUCUCUUUGUCCAACAAAGGAUUUGUUGUGCAGCACGAUCUCCAGUUUCACUCUGAUAAUGCUGCUCAUGCAAAAGCUAAAAGACCAGUUGAAGAUACGGAUGAUGAUGUUCUGGUUUUCUUGAAAGAUAAAUACUUGAAGAAUCAAGAGGUACUCACACGUUUGGCAAAACAACAGGAUGAAAUCUUACGGUUAAUGGCUUUGAGGGAGAAGAGUCGAGCAGCUCCUUAG